CGUGCUGGCGCCAUGUACACCACAGAAGUGGUGACGGAGAUGGACAUGGCGAACAUGACCAACACGACCUACAUGCCGCGCAGCGAGGAAGACCAGAACAUGAGCUGGGAUGACGCCACCUGGGUCAUGACAGCCUCAUUCAUCGUCUUCACCAUGCAGUCCGGUUUUGGUCUCCUAGAGUCGGGGUGCGUAUCACUGAAGAACGAGGUCAACAUCAUGGUGAAGAACGCGGUGGACGUCAUCCUCGGGGGUCUAUCCUACUGGGUGUUCGGCUACGGCCUCAGCUUCGGCACCGCCUACUCCAACAUACUGUUCGCGGCAGGAGACUUUGCCGUCUCCGCACCAGAGCAGGACAUGGGACCGUUGUUCGCCACGUAUAUAUUCCAGCUGUCCUUCGCGACUACAGCGACAACCAUCGUGUCGGGGGCCAUCGCCGAGAGAUUCAACUUCAUGGCCUACUGCAUGUUCUCCUUUAUCAACACGAUCGUGUACUGCGUGCCGGCUGGCUGGCUGUGGGGACAGCACGGCUUCCUGUAUAAGAUGGGUGCCAUCGACAUAGCCGGCUCUGCAGGAGUGCAUCUCGUCGGCGGCGUCUCCGGUCUGGUGGCGUGCAUCAUGGUAGGGCCACGCCUGGGCCGCUACGACCAAGGCCACGAGCAGUUCCCCAUGGGCAGCCCUACCAACGCCAUGCUUGGCAUGUUCAUGCUCUGGUGGGGCUGGCUGGGCUUCAACUGCGGCAGCUCCUUCGGAGUACGCGGACACAAGUGGAAGUACGCCGCUCGUUCCGCCGUCACCACCAUCAAUGCCUCACUGGGCGGCGGCCUCUUUGGCAUGACGUACAGCCUGGCCACCACCAAGAAGCUGAUGGUCGGGGACCUCAUCAACAGCAUUCUGGGAGGACUGGUGGCCGUCACAGCCGGCUGCGCGCUCUACCGCUCCUGGGAGGCGGUGGUGGUCGGCAUAAUCGGCGGCAUGCUGGCCGUGAUCACCAUGCCGCUCGUCGACCGGCUGCACAUCGACGACCCGGUGGGCGCCGUCUCCGUGCACGGCGUCAGCGGUCUCUGGGGCGUGCUGGCCAUCGGCCUGUUUGUCGACGCCGACAGCCUGGAGAAGAUCACCAACGGGCGCGCGGGCCUCUUCAAAGGCGGCGGCUGGCACUUGCUCGGCGUGCAGGCCCUGACCUGCGCGUGCAUCAUCUCCUGGUCAGCCAUCGUCACGUUCGUCUUGCUCUUCUGCAUCAACAAGCUGAAGCCGAUCCGAAUGACGACGCACGAGGAGCUGCUGGGCGCCGACCUCGUUGAGCACGGCAUCCGACACCCGGGCUUGGGUCUCUCGCGCACCGUGUCGGCGCUCCGGCGUCACUCGGAGGUUGACGAGCGGCUCAAGGAGCUCGACCUGCCGCCGGAGGUCGGCUCCAACCUCGGGCACAUGACGCUCCUACAAAAACUGCGGCAGAGGAUAAGCCACCCGCGUGGCUCAGUGGCGGAGGCGUCCUUUGUGUCAUCGGCACGGCGGAGCGCGUUCGGAUCACGCACCGAGCCCAUUGUCCCAGUUACGGUUACUGAAGAUUCCAACAAAACUUCGAAGCCCCCGAAGAAAAACACCAGUCAUGUAGCAUGGAUCAACUUCGACGAACACCUGGAUAACAUGCAUCCCUAAAUCCCCCCUCCCCCACCCCUCCUCCGAUGUUGUCCGACUUGCGACAUCGUCCCAGAAUUUUAUCCGUUACGGGGAACUUAUCUCUUGGUGGCUUUAGCUCAUGUAACGACGGUUAGCAUCGGAUUUUUACUCUGGCGGUGAGGAGGGUCCACGAAAAUUAGUUGAUCAAAGUCCCUUGAAACCUUGU